GUGAGAGAAAGAGAAUAUUCGGGAUUAAGCGAUAGAGGCUACGAACGACAUUUGUGAUCGGAAUGGCGUGAACCAGAGCAUCUAAAAAGCAAAGCAAAGCUUCAAAUCAGUUCUCGUCUUCCCAAAACUUGUUCUUCGCUUUCCCUUUCUUCCUUCCUUUCUUUUCUUCUCUCUCUCUCUCUCUCUCUCUGGUUUUCCUUACCUUCUAAGGCUUCAAACCUUAUUCAUUAAUCCCCUUGUUUCCGCUCUGUAUCAGCACUGAGCUGCAACCACAGUUUCUUCAAUGGCGGAUGGCGACUCCUACGGCAAACUCGGAGGAGUAGGUCCGGAGGUAGUACUCCCUUCCGUUCCAUCGCCAAACCAAGCAAACCCAAGUAAGUUCUACUCACAUUUCUUCUACAAAGCUGCCAUUGUUGCUGUUUUUCUUGUUAUUCUUCCUCUGUUCCCUUCGGAGGCUCCUGAAUUCGUCAGUCAAACUUUACUCACCAGAAGCUGGGAGCUUCUUCAUCUUCUCUUCGUCGGCAUCGCCGUCUCUUACGGGUUAUUCAGCCGGCGAAACGAUGAAGCGGAGAAGGAAAACCCUCCGAAAUUCGAUAGUGCACAGUCGUAUGUGUCUCGGUUCCUUCAGGUUUCAUCGGUUUUUGAUGAUGAGGCCGAGAGCCCAUGUGGGUCAGACGAGAACAAGGUCCAGGCAUGGAGUAGUCAGUACUACAGGGAAGAACCGGUGGUAGUUUUAGCUAAAGAAGAUUCUGUUUUUGAUGAACAGAGGGUUACGAGUUCCCGAAUUCGCGAAAAAUCGUUAGGGUUGCCUGUUCGGAGCUUGAAAUCGCGUGUUUCCGACGCUGAUGUUGAACCCAUCAAUGAUUCCAGCAGUUCUCUUAGUAGGUCUAGUUCGAAUUUGGGUUCAAAGAGAGUUUUGAACAAUUCCUUUAGGGCUAGAGAUGAGGAAUUUAGUGGUUUGGAUCAUCUAGAUUUGAAUGAAAAAUUUGAGGACAAUGUUGUUCUUCGAUCCCCAAUUCCUUGGCGAUCGAGGUCUGGGAGGAUGGAAAUGAAAGAAGAAUCGGAAUCCGAGUUCAAUCGGUUUGAUUCUCACUCUUCUCGAUCCCAAAUAUCUCGAUCUUCAAACCCCAAUUCCAUUGCUUCUUCCCCCAAGAACCUUUCCCCUUCACCGUCGCUUUCUUCUGCGAAGAAGGUAUCUCCUUCACCUCCUCAAUCAUCAGAGUCACUAGCCAAAAGUCUUGAAGAUUUUACGAGGAGGAAGAUCUAUCACAAGUCUUCUCCGCCUCCUGCACCUCCACUGCCCCCACCAAUAACUCGCAGAUCGUUGCUGAGCUCGAAUUCUAGUUUGAGUAACAAUGGGAUAUUUUCUGAGAAUGGUUUCAGGACAAUUGAAUCAAGAGAUUUGAGCAGAAGCAGCAAAGAAGACCACCUCCUCCGCAGAGCGAAUUCAGAGAAGGAAGCAAAACCCAGAACCCAAUUGGAUAGUUUAUCUAUGGGGAGGUCGGUAAGAACAGCUAAAGUCAAACCAGUUGAUGCAGCAUGGAGGGUUCGAGAAAUUGGCGAAGAUGAAGUGAAGAUGGACACAAGAUGGGAGGAAGUGGAAGCAACUCCUAUAGGAAAAACUGGAAGAAAGUUGGGGGGAUUCGAUCAAGUAUCGGUUCGGCCCAGAAGAUCAAGCUGGGAAGGCGAUAGCAAUAUAUGGAAGUCGAAUUUCUCAGAAUUUCAGGAUGAGGAGAGGAAUGAACCUAUUCUAAAGUUUAUUAUGGAAUCUGAUGAUGAAGAGACGGAAAAUGAGGAUGAUGACAAUGGUUUGAAUUCAAACAAUGAUGAGAAUGGUUUAAAUUCGGGCAAGGAAGAAGCUGCUUCUGGUAAUGUUAGUGAUGGGGGACCUGAUGUGGAUAAGAAGGCUGAUGAGUUCAUAGCUAAAUUCAGGGAGCAGAUUAGGCUUCAGAGGAUUGAAUCAAUCAAGAGAUCAAGCGGGCAGCUUAGUAGAAACUCCCCAAGGUAAAAAUUCAAGGGUUUUCAACUUCAAGCCUUUGGAAUUCAAACAAGAUGCUUUUCUUUUCUUCUGUUUAUUAAGUUAUGUUUCUUUUUUCUUUGUUCUUGGGUUUUAUGCUUGUAACUUCACUUGGUAUUUUAGAGGGUUCUUCAAAUCUACAGGUCAAUUUGCAUGUUUUUCUGUAACCUGCAACCGCAUUGGCACAUAGGUUUUCUGUUGUUGGUGGUUCAUCAUGUGGAUUAAGGUUUCAUCAUUUGCAUUACUUGCUUACUGUAGAUGGGAAUAUUGUAUUUUCAACAGAUGAAUUGUGUUCUCUCAUCAAAGUAAUUAUUGGCUUUGAUCAAACUGAUGUAUGAAGCUUUUGAUAUAAUUAAUAUGAGAUUAUUUGCAGGAAGCAUCAGUAGAAA